AUGGCACUGGAACGCUUCCUCAUUAAAAGCUUCCGGGGGAUUCCCAAGGAAAAGUGCAACGAGGGCCUCCAGAAGAAGGUGGAGCGCAACGAGCAGCUGAAGCAGAUUCAGCAGCGCAAAAUCACCAAGCACGUCGAACGCAAGCGCAAGCGUCUGGAAGGUCUGAGGAACCGCGCGCUGUACCACGCCAAGGAGUACAUCAAGCAUGAGCGCGAACUCGUAGAGUUGCGCCGCAAGGCUAAGGCCGAGGGUUCGUUCUACAAGGAGGCCGACGCUAAGGUUGUCUUCGUCGUGCGCAUCAAGGGUAUCAACAAGAUCACCCCCAAGCCCCGCCUUAUCCUCAAGCUCUUCAGGCUGCUCCAGCUGCACAACGGUGUGUUCAUCAAGUUGAACAAGGCCACCAUUGAGAUGCUCAAGCUCAUCAACCCCUACGUCACCUACGGUUACCCCAGCCUCGCCACCAUCCGCAAGCUGCUCUACAAGCGUGGCUACGCCAAGGUCGGCAGGCGCGGUGCCUGGAGCCGCGUGCGCAUCAGCACCGAUGACAUCAUCGAAGAGAACCUGGGCAAAUACGGCAUCCACGGAAUGGAGGACGUCGUUCACCAGAUCUACACUUGCGGUCCCAAAUUCAAGGAGGUCACCAACUUCUUGUGGCCCUUCAAGUUGAGCUCGCCACGCAAGGGUUUCGUCGCCAAGAGGCACGGAUUCACCGAGGCCAGGGGUGGAGACGCCGGCAACCGUGAGCACCUCAUCAACGAUCUGCUCAAGAGGAUGAUCUAA